GCCCAUGGCCACUUACCUGGAGCUGCCCACUCGUGCGAGGAUGCCCAUCCUGGGACUGGGGACCUGGCAGUGUCUCCAGGGAGCAGCAAGGGAUGCAGUGAAGUUUGCCCUCGAUGUUGGGUACCGUCACUUGGACUGCGCCUACAUGUACCAGAACGAGAGGGAGAUUGGGGAUGCGCUGCGACAAAAAAUUGAGGAGGGCGUCGUGAGGAGAGAAGAACUCUUUAUUGUCAGCAAGCUCUGGUCCACCUUCCACGAGAGAUCCCUGGUGAAGGAGGUGUGCCAGAAAACACUUGCUGCCCUCCAGCUGAAUUAUUUGGAUCUCUACCUGAUGCACUCGCCCAUGGGAUUCAAGGCAGGAGAGGAGCUAUUUCCUGCAGAUGGAAACGGCAUGAUCAUUCCCAGUGAUACAGAUUUUCUGGCUACAUGGGAGGCUAUGGAAGAGCUCGUGGAUUUGGGAAUGGUGAAGGCUAUUGGAGUCUCCAACUUCAACCGCAAACAGAUCGAUCGGCUCCUGAGCAAACCAGGCUUAAGACACAAACCUGCAAAUAAUCAGAUUGAGAGCCACCCCUAUCUUCCUCAGGAAGAGCUGAUAAAGUUUUGCCAAUCCAAAGGGAUCUCUGUCACUGCAUAUUGUCCCCUUGGAGCACCCAACUGGCCAGGGUCCAAGCCUGACCAUAUUUCCCUUUUUGAUGAUCCUCAAAUUAAGGAAAUUGCACUCAAGCACAACAAAACCCCAGCUCAGGUGCUUAUCCGGCUCCAGAUUCAAAGAAACGUGAGUGUAAUUCCCAAAUCUGUCACUCCACAGCGUAUUGAAGAGAAUUUUAAGGUGUUUGACUUUGAACUGACUAAAGAGGAGAUGGAGACCCUCCUUGGUUUCAAGAAGCGCUAUCGCAUCUGUGCAUUAAGCGAAUGCAAAAAUCACAAGGACUAUCCUUUUUUUGAAGACUGACACAGGCAUCAGCUUCAGAGCCUCCAGGGAUCCAGACCAUUUAUUGUUAUUUCAAGCAAUCUGCAAUACUUGGUGUAUUAAUUCAUGAUAGAAGGGGAAUAUGUAUUAAAAAAUGGGAGAAGGUAACUCUCAGGCAUUCUGAAGGGUCACCUUUGAACAUGGAUAUAUUUGCUUCCCUUUUUAUCAACCAGUUGUAUCAGUCCUUUAUCUGCUCUUGUAACACAGUUUUCAGUUGCAGCAAAAUAUAUAUUCUCUCUUAAUUUAGCAGUGAUAAUGAAGUUUAAUAAGCCCAUUGACUGGGAUUAGGGAAAAGCAGUCUCUGUCAUAACUGUAUAUCUUGACAAAGCCUAGAGAAAAUUUAAAUUCUCUGAUUAGUUAUACUUUUGGACAAAAGGUCAAUACACACACUUUUAAUUAUCAGUACAAGACAAUCCAUUUAACAUCAAAAGAUCUUAAUGACAUGACAUGCUGAGUUCAGUAAUUUCAGUGUAACAGACUGAAGCUCUUUAGAGGACACUGCUGAAUUACAGUUCAGGAGCUCUUAAUGAGGUUUCUUAUUUAUGAACUGCUAAA